GCAAUGUUGACUGAAAUGCAUAAGAUGGUAUCUGGAAGGGCAGAAUAUGUUGGGGCAUCGUACAUUUACACUAGUGUUUGUUCGGAUAUGAUGCGAAACAGUAGUGCUGUUUCCCGAGCGAAGUAUUUGAAUGUUCACAUGAAGGCUGCACGAGGUUGCAGAUACACAGUAAUCCCAAUCUACAAUGCCAACCAUUGGACAGUCAUGGCGUGCGAUUCAGAAAGUGGGAAUUGGAAACAUUACAACUCGAUGCGGCCAAGACGUGGAGUGCGCGAUGAGCACUACAAUGAGGCUCUAAAAGUGAAACAAUGGGUGGCUGAUCACCACAACAAAUUUGUGAAGCCUCGAGUUACACCUACAGCUGUUGGCGCACAGCUGUUUGAUGGCAGUUUUGUAUCUGUUGUGGAUUGCCCACAACAAGUUCCAGAGUCGUAAGAAAUGUUCAUUUUAUUUUGAGCGUACUGUUUUGAUGAUGUAUCACGUCUGUGACAUUGACACCGGUGUUUGUUAGUGCAGGUCGGAUUGUGGGAUUUUCGUGUGCUUCAUAAUCAGGCAGUACAUUCGUGGUGUAGAAGUGAAUACUUCGAUGGAUGGGCUGACCCCAACUGGGCUACGAGCUGCAAUGGUGGAAAUGUUCUUAAGUGACCCGGGCAGUGGACUCCGUGGGAGGACAUUAUAACAAGUUGAGAAGACAUUUCCCAGUGCGCAAGUUGCAACAACAGCAUUAGGAUGUUUUUUUUCUGUUUUUCCCGUAUCGGCGUAUAUAAUGUUUUGUUAGUCUAGAAACACAUAAAAGUAGGACGCAAAAACUAGUUUCAUAUACGUUACUUUUUUGGUAAUGCAGA